AUGAGUCGGUCUUUGAGCGCUGGGCAGGCAGAUGAGCUCGUCAACUGCGUGGCAGUUCACCCCGUGUUUUCCACCUUGGCAUCGGGCUCAGACGACUGCACAGUCAAGAUUUGGGACUGGGAGCUGGGCGAGCUGGAGAGAGCCAUCAAGGCGCACACGCAGCCCGUACGCGACUUGGACUUUGGGGGUCCCAAGGGCGCCGUUCUUCUCGCGUCGUGCAGUUCCGACCAGGCCGUCAAGCUCUGGGACCCGACAGACGGCUACAGCAACAUUAGAACGCUAAACGGCCACGAGCAUGCAGUGACCUCGGUUCGGUUUCUGCCUUGCCGCGAGUCUAGCAAAAAUCUCUUGGUGAGCGCUAGUGCGGACCAAACGAUACGAGUGUGGGAUGUCACUACUGGGUAUUGCGUCAAAACACUGCUAGGGCAUGGCGACUGGGUGCGAUUUGCGUGCCCGUCAGAGGAUGGCCGCUUCCUUCUUUCUUCAAGCUCGGAUAGGACAGCCCGUCUGUGGGAUAUCGACGCCCACGACGGGUCGGCGGCUGUACUGACACUGAUUGGCCACGAGAAUGCAGUCAAUACCUGUGCUUUUGCGCCUCCCAGCUCCCAUCAGCACUUGUCGUCUCUUGCAGGAGCGGCAACAGCUGUGCCUCUAUCAAGCUCUGCAGAGUUCUUCGCCACUGGCUCACGCGACAAGACGAUCAAGCUGUGGGACGGCAAGGGGCGGUGCGUUGCCACGUUGACCGGUCAUGGGGCUGGGUGA